UCCACUUUAGAUGCACUUCUGCACGUCAAUACGCAUGCCAAGGUCGCAUGACCUGCUGGCUGCUUGCAAGCCGAACGCCGGGUUCCGUUUCCACCUGAUUCCCUUGAGCGUCUGUGCAGCUGUGAACUCUGCGGUUCUUCGAUAUAAGUAAACGUGCUUUCUCACCGAAAGCACUAUUAUUGCGCCAGUGGUCGCGGCUGUCGUGUGAAGUAUUCGCCUAUUAAUUGAUGUCGCCCAAGCCCAAGGACUUCAAACUAAAGCCCAAGAUACUACAGAUGCCCAUGGCGGCAUCUGUGAGCUCAGGGACUACCACGAGCCCCGUCGUGCAGUCACCUCCUCCAACUCUCAUUGAGUUUGUGACCACCGUUCCGACACCCCUCGCUUCAGAGCUAGUUGCCCUAGCCCCAUAUAUCCAGGCCAUAAGACACUUGGCACAGAUUAUCAGCUGGGAGUCUUCAUGGGAGGAAAGCUGGCUUGCUCUGGCCGUAUGGUGGGCGUUCUGCCUGCUCUCUGAGCCGACGUUGAGAUUCUUCUUACCACUUGCAGUUGCAUUCGUGUUCACUGUGAGACGGUGGACAUCAUCCACUGGCACCUCUUCGGCAAUCUCACCACCGGUAACCGACAGCGCGCUUCACGCCCUCGUAUCUGAUUUAACGACCAUUCACGCCCUGCUUCCUGUAUCACCUGUCAUUGCGUCUCCCCUCCCUCCCUCCCUUCUCGUUCUCCGAGUACUCGCGUUCACCUAUCUACCAUACCUCAUCCUCACAUCCUUUGUUGGUCUCCGUGUGUGCAUCGCGAUAUGCGGCACCCUGUUCAUGAUCCACAGGGCGCAUUGGGCCAGACAUGUUCGAGCAUCCAUUACGCGCAGCGCACAUGUCCGAUGGGCAUUUUACCGGUUAUACUCAUUUGUCUCGGGGGUGCCGCUUCCACCACCCGCAUCGCCCUCUCCUUUGGAAGCUUCUACUAAGAUACGCCCGGCAUCCGUAUUAGCGGAUGACACCCCCAAGCCUUCCCCGCCUCUCCGCUUCUUGUUUACAGUCUACGAGAAUCAGCGGUGGUGGAUGGCUCUUGAUUGGACAGCCGCCCUACUUCCUAAUGAGCGCCCAUCAUGGUGCAGCUCAUCUCUCACUCCAUUACCGCCACCCUCAGCCUUCCCUCUUCCUGCCUCUACAACAGCAUACGUAGCUGUCGGAAAGAAUGGUCGUGCGAAACGUGUAGCACGGUGGACAUGGGAAGAGCCCGAAUGGCGCGUUGUCGUGCGUAAAGAAGGCCAGGAGGGUGUCUGGCGUGUGGAGAAGACACCUCCAAAGGAUAAAGACGGACCUGAUGAAAGUACCGGGACUGCAGCACGGAUGCUACGCGCCGCACGUGGUCGAGACAAUGUGAUCUCAAGCUCAAGUGGUCCUGCAGAGUCGCCCGAACGAAUUGGCGAACAACAUUCCAGCGACCCGUUCCUCGACCCCGCCGCUGAAGAUGAGGUCGUCACAGAUCCCGAAGGUUGGCUGUACGGUGACAACAAAUGGGAAGGUGCGAGCUCGAAAGGCGGAAUGGGAAAGUACACGCGCUUUCGGCGAUGGACCCGUAUUGCUGUUCUCACUGAGAUCAUUGAACUUGUGGGUCCAGGCGAGUUGGGCGUUUUGCGCGACUCUUCGGAACUCGGCGGAUAUGGGACCGCCGCGAGCUCCAUAUUUGGCAGUGCUGGUACCCCGUCUAUAAGUGGCAUCUCGCCGACGUUGAGCUCGUUCUCGGAUCUAGAAUCUCAAAGUGCAAUCACAGCACCAGAGCCGCCGAAAGAUGGGAAGGACGGGAAGGAUGCAGGCAGCACAAGGAAUAUGCUGAGACAGCGACUGAAGGCUGUUGUAGAAGGAUCGUCACACUGAUG